CCACCUAGCGGAAUACCCUCCGUCUUCUGUACGACUGCAAUCGUUGCAUGGAGUCAGUCGUUUCACGAAUACCGCGGCUGGUUUGCGCGAAGGCUCGCCGCCGCCUUUAGCCGUUGCGCGACGGAUCGUCCGUCGUUUCGCGGUCCGAGGUUCGUCCGCGUGUCUUCGACCACCUUUCCCGCUUGGAUUCCGUGCGAUUAUACUCGUUGAUUUGAGUGACAAUCGCGAGCGAUGUAACCGUGCCCUGACGUCACACGGCUAAUCAAGUGCACACACGAACGCAAACAUAGGCGCGCGCGCGCCUGCCACUCAUGUCUGUAUACACGGAUGGUCUACGUAGACUGCGCGCAGUAUACUACGUGCGACACGUAUAGGACCGUGCACACGGCCAAACUGAUAGAGCUCGAAGAAGAGGGAAACAGCGUGAUCGCGAAAGAUAGAGGAGAAAGAACGGAAACGAAGUGAUAAGAAAGAAAGAGAAAUAUACAUAUUAUAUGCACGUAACAUAUAUGUUCUCUCGCAUAGCGAUCUUGGUGUUAGAGAAAAGGGGUGAGGCGUAAGACGUAUACACGGAGGACAUUUCACACUUGCACACGUCUGUACGCGCUUGUGAGCCUUUCGCUUUAUAAAACAUUACGCGCUCAGGUAUUAUAGAGAAAAAGACGAAUCAGUGAGCCUCGACGUUUUUUCGUUUAAGAUAUAUGACGAUUGACUUUUCUCGAACGUCGUGUUUUUGUGUCCCGUGCUUACUAAGGAUUUCGCGUUUUCAACACGUGCAAGACAAAGCUAUGAAAUAGGAUAAAGAAGAAGAGGAAAGAGCGAGAGAGAAGUAUCUACAUCUCGUGGCGCCCCGUUGUGUUUUUCUACGGAAAGCUGUGCUCGGAACCUGCGUGAACUUUCAGAGUGGAAGAAAACGAAGCAAACGUGAAACCAGUGGGAUUUCCUUGGCGAUGUUAAAUAAUAAAAUCAUUACACAUUUUGUGAUAUGAUCAGUGAAAUCGACGAAGGACCAAGCAAACCUUGAAUGGACUAACUCCGAUGGAUGGACAAGUUUUAUCCCAAUCGAACCGGAUCUACAAGGUUACGAAGACCUCACCAAAACCCUACGCAACAGAAGCUCGUCGAAGCGGACGAAAGAAGCUCGUACGAUUCAGCAAAACGAUUCAUAAAAGGAAUAACAAUUCUUCGACAUUUGCAAGCAAGACAUCUUUUCCUUGGUAUCUUCAGAAUUGCCUGACGCUGAAUAUUUAUAAGAGACUCCACGUUUGGAAAGCGUGUAGAAAAACGAUCGUUCCUGAACAGUGACAACGACGACUAAUACACAAAAAAAACAAAACAAAACAGGAACGCUUAAGGUUUCUGUUCUUCGCCGGUAGAUUACGCGUACGGUUCAAGAAAAAGGAGACACGAAUAUCUUAUCUUGCACGCGAGUGAGUGAACGAGUGAGUGAGAAAGUAACGUCGAAAAGUGAACCCGAUGUGUUCGACGACGUCGAGGAGGAAACGAAGGUGACGACGCUCAGUCGAUAAGAAGAGUCGUCACACAAAGUGCCAAGAAGACAAGAUUAAAGUGUAUUUGGAUAUUUUCGUGACAGUGCUUUCGGGCGACAGUGACGCCUAUAUUGUCAAAGGGACCGAAUGUCGGCGAACGAAGUGAAAAAUUACGAUAGGACGAUGCGAUUAAGAACGCAUGUUCAGUCGGUGAGCGUUGCUCGUGGAAAGGAAACUAUUCGUCUUCGUUGAUCUUGUGUUUCGCGGUUCGAUACGGAACGAACGUACGGGGAGAAGUAACGACAGUGGAACGAAAUAUUGUGCUUUGUUUCGUUUUAUUUUACUUUUUUUUUUCUGUGUUUCGUUUUCCAGACUCGCGAAUCGAGGUACUCGAUUCUCGUAGGAUCUGAAUCGAAGUGUAAAAGAAAUUGUCGCUCGUUCGAGAGCAAGGGGAAACAAGUUCCUGCGAAUUGACGAAUUUAGGAAGUGUCGGUGGUGAUAUCAGUGGUGCGUUUCGUUCAUCGUCGGUGGUGGUAUCCGCGCAUUGUUAGUGGUGCGGGGGUGUGGUGAAGGGUAGUGGUGGUGGUGAUAGAUCGUGUAAAAAGAAAACGCUCGACUGUGACUCUUAACUCAUUACCACGGAUCUCCCCCGGCAAUUUGACUCUGCAGCCAUCCUCAAUGAGAGGAGGCACAUGUCCAUUGCUGCCGCUGAAAAUGCAGGUUUCAGUUUUGGGAGAAGGAAGAAGACUCCAGGAACCGGAUCAAAGGAAUAUGAGAGGCCAAGCCCGUGUGAACUGCAGGACCCGCUGUGGGUCAAAAUGAGUGCGAUUACUGGCAGCAUCACCAAGAAGAGAAAGAAAUCAGAUUCCAAGUCUCAGUCGCAAAUUAACAAGUGCCUUAAUGAGAAAAGACGACGGAACCUGGAGAGCCAUUUUAUCGAUGAGAUUGCCGAGCUGGUUUCCGCCACGGACAUGAGCUCUGGCAAGACUGACAAAUGCCAGAUCCUUCAAAGAGCCGUCGAUCGGAUGCAGCACAUUACGCAACAGAAAGGCUCGAAUAGUCAUGCCGUUCAACAGGGUGAAGUGUCUUCGUCGAAUCGUAACAUACUGUCCAACGAUCAAGUUGGUCUUGUUUUACUCGAGGCGCUAGAUGGCUUUCUAUUUGUUGUAAAUACGGAGGGACGCGUGGAGUCCGUAACGGAUAAUAUAACACAAUAUAUAAAUUAUACGAAGGACGAUGUGCUUGGCAAGGAUAUUUAUAAUAUUAUUCACCAUGGAGACCACAACACCUUCAUGCCGAGCUUGUUGCCUAUGUCGCUAGGCUGGACGAGCGAGCCACAGCCCCAAACGAAGAAUCGUACCUUCAAUUGCCGCUUCUUGGUGAAGCCUCCCGAUGAUAAAGAAGAGACUAUGGAAGAGAAGCAGCAACGAGUAUCGAAAUAUGAGUCUAUGCAAAUCUGUUCCGCUCUUUUGCCAAGUAAUAGCGAUCGUCUGGAGAGCGGUGAUGUGUCCUCCGAAUCCUCGGACAUCGGUCCUUGCGUAAUGUGCGUGGCUCGCAGAAUACCCCCGAAUGAGAAGCCCAUUGGUUUGCCCAUCGAGCAGUUUACUGUUAAGUUGGACACCACGGGGAAGAUUGUCGCGGUCGAUGCCAACUGGUUGUCGCUUCCUUACUCCAAGUACCUAACCAAGGUAAGGGAACUGAUUGGCACUACAAUAAAAGACUUGUGCCACCCUCUUGAUCUCAGUAAGCUAACUGCACAUUUGAACGAUACGCUUCAAGUCGGUCAGAGUAUCAGCGGCGUGUACCGGCUACGCGUUAGUCCUGAUAAGUUCCUUAACAUUCAAACAAAGUCAAAACUUUUCAAAGCAAAUGUGAUGAAUGCACACGAUACCGACUUCAUUAUGGCCACCAAUUCCAUCAUUGGGGACAAUGACUUAACGCCUAUCGAGGGUGGUCAGCUUUCCAACAACAAAGUGUGCUCAGGACACUCUAGUAACCGUUGUGCGAAUAAUAGUAAUAAUAAUAAUGGUAACAAUAAGAAUAACGUGGGUGGCCCGCUGAUGCCCGUGGCACAUCUGAACGGUCAAGUGAGCGGUAUCAGUGGUCGGGGGUUGGCGGGUACGUCGUCGCACGGGGCCGCGACAUCGUCGAACUCGAUAGUAUUUAGCGCGGCCGAGUCUUGCAACCCCCUGCCGUCGCUAAGUACCAGUAAUCCGUUCAACCACUUUUCGGGGAACAUGGACUUGGAAUUCGAGCUCUUCCCCAGUUCCACAUGGGACUUGGAUAGUAGCAGCGGGUGGGCAGAUAGGCCCGAAUCGAGAGCGAGCGGGCCACCAAACUCACGACCACCUUCCCAGCCAGCCCCGACAUCUCCGAGUCCCCAGGGAACGUUCUCCUCUAAUUCGGCGGUGGCGCCUCACUGCAGUCCCCUACGCGCGUUCAGCCCGACCUCAGGCAAUGCGGCUCACACCUUCAGUAAUUCGUUCCCCUUCAGUCCGCUUCAGGAAUCACAGACGUCCUCCUUGACGAACAGCGCCGCUAGUAGCGUUAGCGCGAACGGCGCCGCUGGAUUGACGCCCAAGAGACAGGAUGAAGGGAAGACCGGGUGCUCGACCACCAACCAGUCCGCUAUGGAGGCCAACAACGCGAGAAACAACGCGACCUCCGUCGCUGGUGGUAACCCUGCGACCGGGCAGACCGGCGCCGCCGCGAGCGUCGUUGAAACUCAAAACAGUGUUGUGUCCACCGAAUCCGGCAGGCUCAGAAACUUGUUGACCAAGGGGGCUAGUGCUAGUGAGGACAGUCAGGACAAUACAAAUAACGAUUCCGAGAGCCAAAAUAAGCAUAGGAUAUUAAAAAUCUUGUUGAACCAGCCGGACGAGGACGAUUUUCAUCCCGAGCAUAAUAAUAAAGUGCGCACGAGUCCUAGCAACAUGCCGAAACCGAGCAUGGAGCAUUCGAAAUCUACGCUUGGAAAUAAUAUGCUGUUACAGUUAUUGAAUGAGAAAAAUGACGACGAAGAUGAAGAGGCUCGGGCUGGUUUGAAGAAGAGAAACGAACUUUUACAACAGCUUUUGAAAGACCAAGACGACGAGAGGAAAGUACAAGAGCAACAGUCCAAGUCACAGGCUCGAGAAGAAGAUCAUCUGUUGCGGAGUCUUGGAUUUCGGAACACCACGCCGUCGCCGUCCCAAUCGGGCGACAACGUUGGACUUGGUGGAUCAACUCAGGUCGGGCAAAAGAGACCGGGCGAGGAUGGCGAUUUGAACAUAGCUGUGAAACGGCCCAUGGACGGUUCACACCAAGUCUCCUCUUCCGGUACAUCCACCAAUGCAACGAGCAAACUAUGGGAAAAAAAUAAAAUGCUGGCGUCGCUGUUAGCUAAACAACCGCCACAGCCAACUACUAUCCCACCAAUACCUGCGUCUGUGAUAUCGGCAACGCCACAGGAUAAACUGCUUCGUUUAGGAUUGAAAUCACAACCACAACAGCAGCAGUCACAACAACAGCAGCAGCAGCAGCAACAGCAGCAGCAACAACAACAACAGCAGCAGCAGCAGCAACAGCAGCAGCAGCAGCAACAACAGCAACAACAGCAGCAGCAGCAGCAGCAGCAGCAACAACAACAACCCUGGACGGGUGGCAGCAUGCAAUCCGUUGGUGGUAACAACACGAUUACGACAACUGCAACUUCCGCGCGUACUCCUCUCCAAAGCCAGUCGAGACAACUACCUCGUCAAACAACCAAUGCCUACCUCAGUCAUAUGCUAAGUCAGCCACAAAGAUCCCAGAUGAGUCAGAUGGAUUCAGAAUUCACAAGCAGCGGGGAGUAUCAUCAAACAAGCACUGAUCCAAGCAGUUGGGACAACCAGUCGUCGGAUCCUGACCUUUCCGACAUUUUGGAUCAAGUGAUAGAGUUCGUGCCGGAUGAAGCUAUUACAGAGUCGUCUGCGAUAGCAAAUCUCCUAGACGUAAUUGAAGCACCACAAAACAAUGUCAUGAACGAGAAAAUGGCGAUUAACGCGAUACAGAAGUCGUUGAUGUUAUGCGAGACUGCCGUAAAUCCAACGUCUUCCACCAUAACAAUUCCUGGCACGCCUCCAGCUUACUCUACCGCGUUGGGCACUACACCUGUAACGACGAGCCAUAGUUACCAGCCACCACCGAUGUAUCAGCAACAGCCCAGGAUAAGGUUUAACACGCAACAAGGCGUCAGGCAGGCUACCACUCAAUUCACACAACAGCAACAAUUACAGCUGCAACAGCAACGGACGAAAUUGAUACAGCAGCAACAGCAACAACAAUUAAAACAGAGGCUGCUGCAGCAACAGCAGCAGCAGCAAUUACUCAUUCCUUCCAACGCUACAGCUACGGACCAAAUUACCACUGGCAUUCAUAAUAUUGAUAACCUUCUCAACAAUACUGUUGCACCUAACGUGUCGUUACAGCGGUCGAGUGUCCCAGAUUCACAAGUUUCUCCAGGUUAUGGGGGAUCCGUCCAAAUGCCUUCCGGUCACCGACUUGCUCACUCGUACUCCCAUCCGUCAACGUUACCACAACACCCCAUUGUAAACAAUAAUUUCAACAGUGGUCAACAAGUGUCUGCCGCAGCACGACUCUCACCGCAUUCUCCUGCUGGUAUUUUGUCGUUCUCUCAUCCGCAGCCGUUGUCACCACGAGUGACGCAAGGCAACUAUGGUAAUACCCCGAGACUGUUCAACGUUAACCAGGUGAGAUCGCAACAACAGCCCACCGCGCAGCAACAGCAAAGAUCGAUGCCGUCACCAGGAACGCCAGCGUCUGCCCGACAGUCUCCGUUUCCGGCGGAAACCUUCCCCCCACCUACAUCCCCCACAGCUAGCCAAUUUCCACCUGGUCCUAAUCCUGGUGCACCAAAUCCUUCUGCCCAAUAUCGGUUGCAACGGACCACAUCUACGCCAUCAGCCACGACUCAGUUGCCAGGUGGGCUCGGUUCGCCCCGGCACUACGGCGGAGUGAGUAAGGAACAACCUCUUCUUUCACCUAGUCAUCCACAUUCGGGUUGCCCGGCAACACCGACUCACAAUCAACACAACGUAACGAAUACCCAACAACACUUCUCCAACCAACAACAUUCUUCUAUGAUAUACCACACGACCGCCAAUACUAUCAACACAGCUGACAUGCAGAGCAAUCAGUUCUGUUACGAUCGGACGUCUGUUCCACUCUAUUCGUCAGGGCCUGGGGACACGCAGGACGCCAGGCCUCUGCCUCCCGGUAAUCCUGUCAAUCACCAAUUGGGUGGAAACGCUAGCAGCACAUCGGAGUUCGUAAGGCAAGAAUUGAGAGCGAUCGUUGGCGCACGAACGCAACAACAGCAACAACAGAGGGUACCUAACAACAUUCAGAACAACCUUUCUGGUCAAGUUUCUCAGGACGAUCUUGAUGCACUUGGACUGACGUUUGAAAUGUCUUCUGCAGGUGAGGCUGUGGUUAGCGAUGGCCCUGCCAAGAGCUGGGCCAUUGGGAGUGCCGGAAGUGCCCCCUCGUCCUCCAGGACUUCUAUGGAGGAAGUGGCUCGAGGUGAUCCGAAGGUGAACCAGUCGUCGCUGUUACAGAAACUGUUGUCUGAGUGACUGCAGGCCAACGCCUUGCAUGGUAAAGGAAUCUAUGUAAUAUACGUUUGAACAUAAAAGAAGAUGCCCUGGCGGCGGGGAGAGAAAAAUCGGAAUGGGGAGGGGGGGGGGAGGACGUCGAGGGGUUGAAGAGGAACGAGACGAAUAUCGAUCACACACACACCGCAUAUUACAACUCUAUACGUAAUUGGAUACUAUUGUAUUAUAUGUAAUGCUACAACACACGAAGUCAGUAUUCAGAUACGUAUCACCAAAUACAAUGCGAUAAAAAAAAAAGCCGCGCAGGCCGCCGCGCCCCCGCACCACGGGGCCUUUUCGUGCUGAGAGAGACGCUACCGAUCACCAACCACCGGACAAGACGGGAAGAACAAAAGAAACAAAAAUAGAAAAAAAAGAUACCACACACAGUCACACACAAACACACGCAGAGAAAUGAAACUCUCGAAAGGACCAAAAGUUUCCGGCUUUCCCAAUUUGCCUGUGUCGAGAUUUUCAAAAGGGCGGAUUCGAAGGCCUCCGUGGAAUUAUAUCAUGCGAAUCGUCGGUGGAUAAUGGAAUUUGGGGAGUCGAUCGCGUGGGAACGACGAACCCGAUUACAGAGGUCGUUUUAAGGACGAAAAGGACGGUUGCGCGGGGAGCACAGGUGGCCCGAUAGCGCGCGGCGACGCUCUAUCUUAUUUUAUAUAUAUAUGAAUUGUAGAUUAUAUAUAUAAAAGGAAGAGAGAAAGCCUUUAUCGGGGCAUCCCAGCUUCGGACGAUAUUCGAGUAUAAAUAUAUAAAUAUAAAUAUAUAAAUAUAUAUAUAUAUAUAUAAGUAUAAUACCGACACGAUAGACUGACGGCCGCGGGAGUUUGGCCCCCCAUCGUCGGGGAUAUCGUCACGUGAUCCGUCAGUGUUGUAUUUGGUAUCACUGAAAGAAAGAAACUACGUAGGUACCUCAAAGGUAUACUUUACUAUACCACUGGCUGUUGAACAUAGAACUAUUUAUAGGUUUAAUUAUUGUACACAGGAUGAAGAUGAAGGAAAGAAAAAAAAAACAAAUAGAGCACUAUCACGUAUUCUCUUUAAUUUAACAUCCUUUUUGACUAUUACAUUUAUGAAUAAUAUAUUUGUGAUUGUAAGAAUC